GGGGAAAGGGUCACCGCCUUUGUGGAUAACAGCGUCAGCUCUAGUAUUAGUUCAAAUUAAUUUAGUUUUAUGUAUUCAAUAUCAACCAGUAGAAUUAACGGGUAACGGUGAUGGAGAAUGUGCCUUACUGUUAAGCGGACCUGCAAGGAGCAGUCAGUUCGACUACACGUUUAACUUACUCCGUGGCAGCCCUCUAGAGUACAACGGACCUCAUACUUGUAUUACAUACGAUGCCAUAAAUACUGCUUAUUUAGAUGCCCGCAAGAGGAUACGAAUUGCUCAACCCCAUGGCGACUGGAAACCAGAAGAUGUUGCCACAGUUGGCGAACUACUUUUAGAUAUAUCUAUCAAUUUAGCAAGAACCUAUGGUCUAAGUUACGAGGACAUCGAGAAAGGAUUGCCAUUAAUUGACACCAGCAGGACGUUGAUUAGAGAAGUCUGUCCGCCUUUCCUUUCGAACGUGGAAUGUAGGGCGGGGAAAUACAGGAGAUUCGACGGGCUAUGCACGAAUCUGGACCAUCCCACCUGGGGGGCCAUCAAUACACCAUUUACGAGACUACUGGGACCUCUCUAUGCCGACGGUAUGACUGCACCUCGUAUCAGUGUAACCGGCAAGUCACUACCCUUGUCCCGGGUGGUGUCUCGAACUAUGCAUCCUGACGAAGGCUACCACGAUCAUGCCGGCACCGUCAUGGUUAUCGCCUGGGGUCAAUUCAUCGACCACGACUACACGCUCCAAGCCACACCACUAGAUUCUUUCAACAGAAAUGAUCCUGAGGAAUGCUGCAACAGACCUCCUCAUUUAAAACAUCCCUACUGCAAUGAAAUCUUAAUCCCUGAAGACGAUUACUUCUACAGACUCUACCAUGUUAAAUGCAUAGAUUUUGUAAGAACCUUCCCGGGUGUGAGACCCGGAUGCAGACUUGGUUCCAGAAUACCUUACAAUACACUAACUGGUGUUCUAGAUGCUAAUACAGUGUAUGGUGUCACCGAGAAAUUUGCCAGGAAACUGCGGUCAAGUGUAGGAGGACUGCUUAGAAUGAACCCAGCUUUUGAGGAAUACGGAUUGAAGGACUUACUGCCACUCAAACUAGAUGUUCCUGAUGAAGGUUGCACAAGACCAAAUGCCUCAAUGUACUGUUUUGAGGGUGGUGAAAUCAGAGUAAACGAACAAUUAGUACUGACAUGUAUGCACACCCUCAUGGCUCGUGAACACAAUCGGGUCGCUAAGGAAUUGGCUCACAUCAAUCCACAUUGGGAUGACGAGACCCUUUUCCAAGAAGCUAGACGAAUCAACAUCGCGAUAGUGCAACACAUCACCUACAAUGAAUUCCUGCCUAUUCUCUUAGGCAAAGAUAUCAUGGAAAAAUUCGGAUUAUUAUUACAGAAAGAGAAUUAUUGGAACGGAUAUGAUUCCAGUAUCAACCCAGGAGUAAUCGAUGCCUUUGCUGCAGCAGCCUACAGAUUUGGACACUCUCUACUGCCAACUGCAGUAGAAAGAUGGAGUAAAGCACAUAAAUUCAUUGCAUCGAAACGUCUAUCUGACCUUAUUCGUAGACCGUAUGACCUAUACAGAGCAGGAGUUCUAGACGAAUACUUCAUGGGACUGAUGAACCAAGUGGCUCAAGCUAUGGAUGACUCGAUUACCCAAGAAGUAACCAAUCACUUGUUUAAGAAAGUUGGCGCACGGUUUGGUAUGGACCUAGUUAGUUUCAACAUGCAGAGAGGCCGCGAAUAUGGACUUCCUGGGUAUAUGGAAUUCAGAAAAUUCUGUGGUUUGCCAACUUCCGAUAGUUUUGAGGACAUGGUGGGGUCUAUGUCUAACGAAACUGUUGCUAAAUAUGCCCAGAUAUUCGACCACCCCAAUGACGUAGACUUAUGGUCUGGAGGAGUUUGUGAGCGUCCACUUCCUGGAGCUAUGUUAGGACCCACAUUUGCAUGCAUUAUCGCUACUCAGUUCAGUUACUCAAGGAGAGGAGAUAGAUUCUGGUAUGAGCUUCCAAAUCAACCAUCUUCCUUCACGCCAGAACAACUUCAAGAAAUUCGCAAAACCCGUUUGGCAAGAGUAAUUUGUGAUAACACUGAUUUAAUAGACACCAUUCAACUGUACCCCAUGGUUUUGCCCGAUCAUGAAAUCAACCCCCGUGUGCCAUGUCGAAGUGGAAUACUACCCAGCAUUGACUUGAGUAAGUGGGCAGAAUACACACACGAAAAUGCCUACUCCACUAGAUUCCAGUACGAACACGUAAUAGGAAAGAAAUAAAUAAACUACUGCCGCAUAGAAUGGACUACACUAGCUAUUGAUUUCACAAAUAAUUUUCUCAGUAGCAAAGAGGACUUUUAAUUUCUAGUCCGUUCUAUGUACGUAGUCACCAGUAUAAUGUAUUUUGGUAGAAUCUUCUUUGGUUUCAGCUGUAAACUGAUUAUAUUAUUGCAAUAAAUUAAGCAGGAUACAUGAUAAUGGUGACUGGGCUUGUAGAGUUGCCAUUGUAUUUUAUUCAUUAAUCCACACAAGUAGUUAGAACGAGACAUAGCAUUUUCAUAAAAUAAAAUAAAAAUAAAUAAAAUAAAAUAAAAAUAAAUAAAAAAUUAUUUUUAUUUAACCUGUA